ACCCCGACGCCCGGCCCCGAGCGCAGCUGCAGCUCAAGAUGGCCCGAGGAAGCGCCCUCCUGCUCGCCUCCCUCCUCCUUGCCGCCGCCCUUUCUGCCUCUGCGGGGCUCUGGUCGCCGGCCAAGGCAAAACGAGGCUGGACCCUGAACAGCGCGGGCUACCUGCUGGGCCCACAUGCCGUUGGCAACCACAGGUCAUUCAGCGACAAGCUCGGCCUCACCAGCAAGCGGGAGAUGCAACCUGAAGAUGAGGUGGAACCAGGAAGCUUUGACAGGUCCACGGCUGAGAGCAAUAUUGUGAACGCAAUCGUUGAGUUCCUGUCUUUCCUGCAUCUCAAAGAGGCCGGGGCCCUCGACAGCCUCCCGGACGGCCCCGCCGCAGCCUCCCGGGAUGACAUCGAGCGUUCCUGAGAGCCUCCCGGGCGUGUCUGCGCGUUGUAAUCUCAAGUCCAACCUUAAGAUGAUGGAUGAUAAUCUUAGCCCGAUUUACGCAGAGUCAGCUCUUCUGGUUCUCUUUCCCCUGAUGCUGUGUUGUUAUCACUUAAGAUUUUCUUCUGGUGUUUUAUUUUGAGUGGCAAAAUAAAAAAUAGCAAUUA